UAACCGUUCGGCUCUCCUGAUCGAAACCCUCGCGACCAUUCACGCUCGCUCACCCUCCUUUCUCUUCCCCUCUCCUCUCCAUCGAUGGCGAGGGAAAGCGGCGACGACGAGGCGUCCAUCGAGCGGCAGUUGGAGCUGCAGGUGGAGGAGCAGAAGGAGUCUCUGGCAGCACUCGACGAAGCCCUCGCUGCUGACCCUUCCAAUCCAGAGCUUCUAUCGGUUCAUGGAGAGCUUCUCAUUGCAAUCAAGGAUGCAGAGGAGGGUCUACUUAACUUGAAAAGGUCACGUUUAUUGAGAGAAGCUGAUUUGAUAUUUUUUGGCCAAGAAGCUGGAUCAGCAGAUGUGGAUGUCAAAAUAGAGUCUUUGGACUCUAGAGAGGGUAAAUCAGAACCACUUGAACCUGAAACCUAUUCUUUGGGGUCAAAAUGUCGAUUUCGGCACAUGGAUGGACGCUGGUAUAAUGGUCAGAUAGUUGGACUAGAAGGUGCUAAGUCAGCAAGAAUUUCAUUCCUUAUCCCUACAUCUGAAAACAUGAUGAUGUGCAAGUUCUUCCUACAGCAAAGAUGUCGCUUUGGUAGUAACUGCCGCUUAUCACAUGGAUUUGUUAUUCCAGUUGCAUCACUGAAGAACUACAUUCCAACUUCAUGGAAUCAAUCUAUGGUAGGAUCCAGCAUUUGGGCUGCCCCUGUCAAUAUUUCUGGAUUAUGGCAAAAAGCUGAGCUCCAGUCAUGGGAUGAUGAACUCAAGAUAGCUCAAGUUGUUUUCCAACACGAUGGGAGCUCUCUGAAUCUGACAAGUGACUCUGUCUCUGUAUCAGAGUAUGCUGAAUUGAGUGAUGAUAAUGAGGACGAUGACUUCAGCUCUGAAGGUUAUGGUUCAAGUGAAGAAGAGGAGGAUACAGACAGUGGAAAUGACUACCAAGGUCUAGGCUUUUUGGAUCCUACAACAUUACAGAGAGGAGUUCAAACUGAGAUUCCUGUGUUUGCAAAAUGGGAGCAUCAUACACGGGGUAUUGCUUCAAAGAUGAUGGCCAGCAUGGGCUAUCAGGAAGGGAUGGGACUUGGUGCAUCAGGCCAAGGAAUACUUGAUCCAGUCUCUGUCAAAGUUCUUCCACCAAAACAAUCUCUUGACCAUGCUUUUGCUAAUGAUAAGGACAAAAGAAGGUUAGAUCAGGGCAAGAAACGUAGCAGGGGUGGCAAGAGAAAGCGUGAAAGACAGUAUGCAGAAGCUGUCCGGGUUGCCAAAACCAAAGAGGAGCUAGGACCAGAUGUUUUUAGCUUCAUCAAUAACCAAUUGGCAGGGCAACAAGAUGUUGUAGAUGAUUCUGCUAAUAGAAGUAAAAAGGGUACUGGUGAUGGCGAACAAUCUGCCAACAGGCAGGACAGACGCUCAUUGGUAGCUUAUGAUGAUGAAGUAAAAGAGUUGAGAAUCAAGAUCGAGAAGCUCAAAGAGAUGGUAGAUCGCAACCGUAAGGAUAAGGCAGUGCAUGAAGCAGCCUUGAGAAAACUGAAUGAAACACGUAGGGCUCUGGCAGAUGUACAGGCUGCUCAUGCUGCGGCCUCCAGUGCUGUUGCCAACAAGGAGAAAGAGAAAAGGUGGCUUAAAUUCUGAUGUUGCUUUGACCUAAUUCUUUCUCUUCAUGCAAAUGCUGAGAAGACUACACUAAGGGGGAAGAAGAGUGCAUGUACCUGGAGAUUUUAUUAUUACCAAUAGAAGAAGGAAUUGGUCCCUACUUCACAGGAUCUAUAUCUUUGUUCUUUUGAUUGCUUCAUCAUGUAAAUAUUUUGCCCCCUAAUGUUUUCGCAAGGAUAUGAUAGCAACUAGAAAUUGUCUGUGUUUAAAGUUUAAUACUAAUACAUGAGCAUCAUCACUUUCUAGUAGCAGGGAAAUUUCUCUUUUAGUAGGGAAAUUCCUUUCAUUUAAAGCAUGGUUCUUAAUAUGAAUGUAGAGGAGAUGAUAUUAUGAGAAUGAACUUAUUGGUGAGCCAUGUUCCCAUGAACAUGUUAACCCAAAAUUUCUCUGUAAGGAAUUGAUUGAUUGGAAUCAAUGUGAUUGAUUAGUCAGUCUAUUGGAUGUU